AUGUCGUUCUGGCAAUGCAGCUCGUCAAGCAAUGAAGAUUUGGUUAACCGUUUGAGACGUACAGGCGUCAUUAGUUCAGACGCUGUGUAUAGCGCGAUGGUACGAACUGAUCGCGCUAAGUAUCUUGCACAAGUUGAAACUCCAGAUGGAGGACAUGCGGGUGCAGUCCAAGCUUACCAAGAUGUUCCUCACCCUAUUGGCUAUCACCAGACCAUUUCUGCGCCGCAUAUGCAUGGUCAUGCAAUGGAGUUGGGUUACGCUGCAAUCAAGGAUGUGACGAGUCCUCGAAUCUUAGACGUGGGAUCUGGCUCUGGAUAUCUUACAGCGUGUUUGGGUCGGAUGGUGGAAGACAGAGGCGGACAUGUGUUUGGUCUGGAGAUCGUUCCUGGACUUGUCCAGUUUGCCAAAAAGAACAUUGGAGUGGCGGACGGCGACCUGAUUGAUCGAGGUAUUGUAUCAAUCCGCUGUCACAACGGCUGGGAUGGGCUCCCAAAUGAAGCACCAUUUCAUUACAUUCAUGUGGGCGCUGCCGCAGAAGUGCCCCCCUCAAGCCCUCUUGGAGCAGCUUGCAGAUGGCGGUUGUCUUGUACUUCCGCUGGAUGA